UUAUCAGUCGGGCAACCGUACUGUCGAAAUGUCCCUCAACCUGCUGCAUCCUUCCUCCUAAAGAAGAGUACAAAAAAGGAGCAACCUUUCUCUCUGUUCUCUACAAAAUCCGAAAUCAAAAGAAUUCUCUUUCGGUCGAUCGCCAAAAGGCUAAAACUCUGUCGAUCGCAGGAGAGAGAGAGUCGGGAAAUAUGGGGAAGAAAAGGAAGUCGAUAGCCACGAGCCUUGAUGAGGUGGAUCGGACUAUGUACGCCUCGUUUUGCAGCGCUGCUAACUCCUUAUCUCAGCUUUAUACUCAGGCUAUGAACCAGCAAAAGCUCUCAUUCCAAGCCGGCAAACGCCAUAGCCUUGAAAAACUUUAUCAGUGGAUUUGGAGACAACAAGAGGGGGGAUCAAGAGUAACAACAAUGGAUAUACUCAGUUACCUUCAGAAUGAGCUGGACCACUGCAGUGAGGAGCCUCCGAUGUCACCGAGAGCACCAAGCCAACAUCAGCAUUCCCAGCCUACAAUGCACUUUAUGAAUACCAAUUUCAUGGUCUCUUCAGGGUCAUCUGGCCAAACUGCUGGGCUGGGAACUCGGCCUGACCACUGUGAUCAGCAGCCGAAGAAUUUAGUUUUCUCAAAUGCUUUAUCAAGUCCUGUUCGUCAGAGUCUUCAGCAUUAUCACAUUUCUCAGGGAGGCUACUGUCCUAAUGGUGGUCUGCCUUCAGGAAAUGGGGCCAGGAAUAAUGAAUCUAACUUUCUCCAACACCAGACUAGGGAUUCUAAUCCUCUCAGCUCCAAUGAUUCCUCAAUGGACAUGCAUGCAGAUAGUCCAUCUCAUGAAUCUGCUUAUUGAGAAUGUGAAGUUAGCCCCUUUCGAACACCCCAUGAUUGAAACAUCCGGACAGGCUGUUCAGAUUGCAUCACCAUUUGUUUGUUGCUGUUACCGAAGUUAAGGAAGCACAACAUAAAGAUGGUUACUUCAUACAAAAAUAAACACAUAGCACUGGUGACUGGUUGAAAGCGUUUGAAGAAGAAUAGUCUAGUGUGUUGUGUUUGCAUAGCGCAGAAUGGUAUGAAUUUAUCAGUUUAUGUGUUUUGAGUCUAUUUGCUUGGAGGUCUUAAAUUUCAUAUGUAAAGCCAUUUUGUUCAAUCAGUGCUCCUACUUAUAAUAGAAAAUAUCAAACUGCUUGUUAAAUUUCUCUCAAUUUUUACCUUUUAAGAUUUCUUUAUGACUGCUUCUUAGGAUUUGUUCAUUUUGUCUCUGUAAAGUCUUAGUUCUGAACAUUUGCUUUAUACAGCGGCUAUAUAUGUAGUGGUUAUAAA